AUCAGUUCAGUUCAGAUUUACGUCCUAAUCUGAUUUGAUUGAUCUGACGGCAGCCCUGGUCGUGGCCAUGCUCACACAGAUGGCAGAUGGGGUGCAACAGCAGUCUCUUUUCUAUUCCACCGACAAUGGGUAUAGCUUUACCCCUUAUGAGGGCAGUCCUGUAAUGCCAAACCCGAGCCCGAGUACUAAACCCGCAUUUCGAGAUCCCAAGAUCUUCUGGGAUGACGAAGCGGGGUAUUGGGCUAUGUCACUCGCCGAGGGUAACAAGAUUGGUUUCUACACCUCCAAAGACCUUAGGACCUGGGUGCAUACGUCUGACUUCGUACCUGGGGACGCCAAUGUAGACCUGGGCACCCUCGAGUGCCCAGAUUUAUAUCAGAUCGACCUAGACGGAGACACCACAAAGCGCACCUGGGUUCUCGCCAUGGGCGCGAACGGCUACCGCUACGGUAGGACGACAGGAACCGCAUAUUGGACCGGAAAAUGGGACGGCAAAGGCUUCGCCGCCACGAACAGCUUCCCGCAAUGGAUGGAUGACGGGCCCGACUUCUACGCCACGGUCAGCUGGGAAAAUCCGAAAGACAGAUACGGCAGUCGCUACGCCAUUGCUUGGGUGAAUAACUGGGACUACGCAGCGACGCUGCCUUAUUACAGAGACUUCGCUGGCCAGACCAGUCUGGUUCGGGAGAUCAAGCUCAAGACUGUCAAUGGUUCUUCCACCUUGGUGAGCAGCCCAAUAGGAGGGUGUGAAGCCGUCGAAUCUCCCAGCUCCGUGAGCGGGAAGACCAUCACGACGGAUCCCGCGACUGCAUCUCUCCCAAGCAACCUUGCGGAAGGUGCAUACGUCAUCCGCGCCACGAUCUCCAAGAGUGACGGCGACAGCGGCAACGAAGUCCGCUUUCGCAUCAAAUCCGACGGGUCUUUUAGCACGACCGUCGGUUACAACUUCGUGAAUUCCGAAGCGUUUCUGGUCAGAGACUCGGACGGUUCUGCGACGGACUCCCUUGCGGAGGGCCCGAAGAAGGCGUACGACGCUGUGCGGACGGCACCGAAUCCUUCAGGAACGAAUACGGUCGAGCUGGUGAUAUAUGUGGAUUGGAAUUCAGUGGAGGUAUUCGUGAAUGGCGGUGUGGCCGUGCUAUCGGGCCUAAUUUAUCCCAAUAAAGCGGCGCGGGGCAUUCAGCUUGUGUCGGAUAAGGGAAGUUUGACGUUGGCGUCGUUUAGCCACGCUGGUUGUAAGAAAUAG